AUGUCUACUCGUGAAAUUUUAACAUUACAAUUUGGACACUACUCAAACUUUGUUGGUGCACACUUUUGGAACUUACAAGAACUCAGUUUUGAUUAUACAGGAACUGUAAAAACAGAAGUUAAUCACGAUGUACUUUAUCGGGAAGGUAGAACUAUAACGGGGGAAGUUACAUACACCCCACGCCUACUGCUAGCUGAUUUAAAAGGCUCCUUAAAAACCUUACCCGAGCAUGGUGGUUUACCCCAUGAAGUAAAAGAAAAUGAAUUUCAGUGGGAUAAUAUUGAGAAAAUCGAACAUCCAGUUGCAGAGAAAAAUAAGUAUUUAACCAGCAUUGACGGUGAAGGACCAUCAAAUAUUGAAAAAACAAAAGAAUAUCAUUUAGAGAAACAAGUUCAAUCUUGGUCUGAUUUUUUAUAUCCCAGGUUUCAUUCAAGAUCAGUAAAUAUAAUUAGAGAGUAUGUGCAUGGGAAUGACACUGAAUCAUUUGACAUCAAUAUCACUGGUAAAUCAUUAUGGAAAGGAGACUUUGGUGAUGCAUUUACUGAUAAUAUUAGAAAGUAUGUAGAAGAAUGUGACAGCAUGCAAGGCUUCCAUGUUUAUUUUGAUUGCACAGAUGGCUUUGCAGGGCUUGGUACUGGCUGUGUAGAAUACCUUGCAGAUGAAUACAAAAAGACUCUACUGGCGCAUCCUAUAAUAGCUUCAUUUUUUCCUGAUAAUAUUUUAAAUACACAAGAGGAAAGAGAUAAAUCCAAUUUGAAAGAUUCUACAAGGCUAGUCAAUAUUGCACUUUCUCUUCAAGAACUUUCAGAGCAUGCAACUUUCUUUGUGCCACUUAGUACUGGAGAAAAGGGGUGGCGUAAACCUGGCAACGCCAGAAAGUUUGAUCACAUAAAUUAUAGUCCAGAUUUGUACUACCACAGUUCUGCAAUAUUAGCUUCAGCAAUGGAUACUUUGAGUCAGAAAUACAGACAUAAGAGCAAUGUCCAUACAUUGUCUGAUGUUUGUGCAGACUUAACAGGGUAUGGCAGGAAGAUGGCUGCAGCUUCUUUUGGCAUUCCACUUGCAUUAAAUGAAUCGCAAUAUUUAAUAGACUAUUUAAAUAACAUGACAAGGCCACUCUACUCAUGCAUCACACCAAGUUGUAAAAUUGCUACAGAUAAAAUAUUCCAGUUGAUUACUGUAAGAGGUAUACCAGAAAGUUACCUGAAAGCACCUUUAAAAGAAGCUAAAGAGCAGAUGAAUUUGCCUGCAUACAGGUGUAGCAAUGUAAAAGAAAUGUUUGAGUUGUACUUUCAAGCAAAUAAUUUUCUUUCUGCUACAAAUGUGACAGUGUGUGAGAAGCCUUUGGAAGUAAAAACACCAUACCCAAAUAUUUUCUCAAGUGAUCUUAAUAAAUACGGUUUUAUUAGAAAUGAUAAUAGUCAAGAAAAGGUUGAGAAUUGUGCUGUGAUUGCUGGAUAUCACAAUGGCACUUUUCUGUCAGAUAUGAUUGAAAAAUUACACAGAGAAGUCAGUAGAAUAAAAUUUGCAAAGCUGCACAAGUUCGGGGAAGAAGGCUUAGAAGCCUCUGAAUACAGUGAAAGUAUAGAAAGACUUGCAGAGUUCAAAGAUAAUUAUGAGGACGAUUUUGAACUGUAA